CGCCACCCCUAUCGACGGCCUCUACUAUGCCACGUCAUUUCAAAAGACUUAAUUCAACUACACUAACCGCUCCCUCCCUCCAUCUCACCCUCUCUGCGUUCUGUGUCGUGUCUUCAGAGAGUACCCCGUGGUCCAUGUAGAUCCAGCUCGCUGACUUUUUGGGAAAGUCUAAGAGGAUUAGGGAGGUCAUGGAUGAGCCGUUCUUCGAUCUCGUGGAGUUUCUGAGACGGCCUUCGAUCGCCGAGACAUUCGUCGACAUUUUGCUCUGCGCAGUUCCUAUUUGGCUGGCCGUAACGAUCGGUCUGGUCAUCGGGUGGUCGUGGCGGCCUAGAUGGACCGGCCUCGUCUUUCUCGGCCUUCGCUCCAAGUUCCGCUUCCUCUGGGCGGCUCUUCUUGGUUUCGGAGCUGGUCGCCUCUGGAUCGCCUUCACGGCCUUCUCCUUCUUCUCUGUUUGCCGAACCAUCUGGUCCAAUUUCGGACGCAAAAGCAAGGGAUCGGCGCCCACAUCGAAGCUAUCAAUCCCAGGAUUUGUCGACGGCGACGCUGUUGGCUCCACCACAGAUGGUGAGGGGCGAGUGCAGGACAUUGUCACAGAGAAUGAUCUAGAACACUUAUUGCACCUUCUUGGAGGGAAGAAUGGAGAGUUGGAAUGGCAAAGUUUCAUGGACAAGUCUACUCCCAACAUGGCAUACCAAACUUGGCGCCAUGAGCCUCCGACAGGCCCGCCAGUUUACCGUAGUAGAACUGUCUUUGAGGAUGCAACACCCGAGGUUGUUAGAGAUUUUUUCUGGGAUGAUGAAUUUCGACCUAAGUGGGAUCCUAUGCUCGUGUAUUCCAAAAUAUUGGAGGAGUGCCAACAUACAGGGAAAAUGAUUGUUCACUGGAUAAAAAAGUUCCCUUUCUUCUGCAGCGAUCGAGAAUAUAUCAUUGGUCGAAGAAUAUGGGAGGCUGGGAAGACUUACUAUUGUGUGACAAAGGGUGUGCCGUAUCCAUCUUUGCCCAAGCGUGACAAGCCUAGACGUGUUGAGCUAUAUUUCUCUAGUUGGAUUAUCAGGGCUGUGGAAUCUCGUAAGGGUGAUGGACAAUUGUCGGCAUGCGAGGUUACACUUGUGCAUGAUGAAGACAUGGGAAUACCCAAAGAUGUGGCAAAAUUGGGAGUCCGUCAUGGCAUGUGGGGAGCUAUCAAGAAAUUGCAUUCUGGCUUGAGAGCAUAUCAGAAUGCGAGGAAAUCAGACGCUUCUUUGUCUAGAAGCGCACUGAUGGCAAGAAUCACAACAAAGAUUCCUUUCGUGGGAGGCAUGGACUCUUUAGAGCCAGCUUCUGGUGAAGGGCAAAAAGAUCAAGUUGUGGUGAAUAAGCCACAAAAAGACCACGGCAUUGAUUGGAAAUGGUUAGCUAUAGGUGGAACGGUGGCUCUCGUUUUUGGACUUCAAUCGGGUGCAAUAGGUAAGGUCUUGUUACUGGGAGCAGGGAAGAGACUUGCUCGGAGGUGAGAGACAUUGUAUUUUUAUCUGUUGUGGAGAUUCAUGAAAUUUUUAUCUAGAUAUCAAUACAUGAAUUGUUACUUAUUGAGAUCAUAUAGAAUUUCUUAAAGUUUGCUCUC